AACUAUUCCUGUUGAAGCGACGACAGUGUGGUUUAUCGAUAAGAUAACGAUAAAAUGGCAGAACCUCGGAUCUCAGUUUGAUGCCCCGCAUGGCCAAAAACGGAGACCUCGGUUAUUCACCAUCACCAUCACUUCCAUACAUCAUACUACCACGUCUUCCAUAUUCUACAACUUCAAUAACAUCAUCAUGCCAGCCCUUACUCUUCAUCUGCUCACUCUCCACCCCCACACAACUCCCAAAACAUUCCUGAAUCAACUCCGCCAAACCGUCCAGGUCAUCGUUUCAUCCCGUCCCCGUUACACAGUCAUCCAUCCCACGACGAUCGACGCUGAUCCGCUCGCCACGGAACAAUGGGAUCUUCUCGUCCUACGGGAGAAUAAACCCCUUCCAUCCGACCUGCAAAAGCAAAUUCGCACCGAAUACAAACUCACCGUGGGCGUGCCGUCGAAACUCCUCUCCACGUACGAACAGCGAGACGCGGAAUUAAAACACACCCCUCCACCCCCUCUAACCGGAUCGCUCGACAAAGCUCGCGAAAAUGGUAAAUCGUCGUCGCAGAAUCUCGAACUCUCGCCGGAUUUGCUCGCGUUCAUGGAUGAGCUCACACAGCAUCACCCCGGUCCGGUGACAAUGCUGAACCUGCUUCAUUUCCAUCCGAAUGGGAAGCAGAGCUACUUUAACUACGGUCAAGCGUUUAUCCCGGUCGCCGGGAAACGCGGCGGCAGUGCGAAACUCGUCGGGAAUGUAGUCAAGCCGAAAGCAGGCCAUGAAGCCGAGACAGAGUCAGACUCACGGGGGAGCAUCGAUCGACCCGAGUCGGAGUGGUGGAAUGAGAUUUCCAUUGUGCAUUAUCCGUCUAUUCGGCAUUUCUGUGAUAUGCUUGCCGGAGAGGAUUAUCAGGCAAUCAACGAGAGGCAUCGGUUGUCGGCUCUGCGGGAUACAUUUCUCCUCUGCACAACCGAGGUGGAUGUAGAGGCUAGAUUGUAGAUAGUAGAUGUUACAUGAUGGGAUGUCAAAUAUCACGAUAUUUAUGAUAGUGAUUAUAUAUUAUUGACAAUGGAUAAUGGAAAUAUGUAAUUAUAAAGAUUGCAGUGGAGCAAAAAGCUUGACUGGCUUGGCGUGAUAAAGCGU